AUGUUCAAGAACAAGGAGGAAUUAUACAUUCAUGCUGAAGCUUGCGUAAUGGAAGCAUUUGAAAAUGAAGUCGUAGCGACUUUCAAUGAUGUUCCUUUCUCUGCUCUUCGUCGAAAUUCACUCAGUCUUAACGAAGUUGUUCCUAGUGCUGCACCUGUUUUGGGAAACUCUGGAGCAGGAUUUGGAAUAACGGUCAAGAAAUCAAGUGGAAUUGAGCGCGAAGAAUUUGUAACCAUAAAAGUUGGCGAAGAACAAUCAGAACGCGACAAAAGUGCAAGUGAUGAUCACCCAUCAGAAUCACAAAAGAAAGAUGAAGUUUACCAUCCCAAACUUGUUACAUACAGCAGUAAGAACGAUGAUAUAAGCCGCGCACAAACUAUUGAAGGACCAAACGGGUUGAAAUUAGUUGUUUCUGUAGAAAAAUCUGAGAACGCGGAGCUUCCUCCCACUCUCAACGCUGAGGAUUCCACUAAUGCGGAACCUCUACAUGAAGAUGCUAACGUUGCGGAAAGGGAUGAGUUUUGGAAUGAAGCGGACGACAUGCAAUUAGAUUCAGGAGACGUUUCCGAUCGAGAGCUAGUACCGGGUACCUCUUUCAACCCACUGAACAGGUCUCAAGUCAUAGGAGCUCUAGCAAACGCCAAUGAUGAUCCAUACAAACCGAAAAUGGAGUGCCCUACAUGUGGACUGAGCAACGUACACUUUCAUGUGCUUUAUCGCCACAAUUUCUCCACCCAUUACCGAAUUCACACUGGGGAACUUCCUUUCUACUGUGAAUUCUGUCCUAAACGUUUUAGAACUAGUUCUUCAUUGAAAGUCCAUGUAAGAGCUCAUACUGGAGAGAAGCCCUACGUCUGUCCUAUGUGCGGUUACUCUACUAUCACCAAACGUAAUCUAGACAGACAUAUUGAGAAUCAUCAUGUGAGGCUGGGGGGAUCAAAAGGGCCAGCAACGCGGAAAAGCAGGUAUCGAGAAAAUGUGGAGCAUGAUUGGAUCGACGACGUUGGGUCACAUGUAGAACAUCAAUUUGAACGGAAUCUUCACAAUAAUAUUGAGGAACCUAACAAAUGGGAACGACAAAAUCAUCUCAGUCUAGUGCAGGACUCAAAUUCGUCAUGA